AAAAGCUUCAUAUUCUACUGAUCUGAGGAGGGUGUGACCUAGGUUUAGAAUGGAGAGAGAGAGAGAGCUAGGGUUCGAGACAGGUUUCCGACAGCCAGGGACAGCGGCAGUGGUUUCCGGCGGCGGCUUCCAAGAUACGGAUUUGUGGUAUAGUUGUUGGUCCUACGGGAAAGUAGCAGAUGUUUAUAUUCCAGACAUGAGGGAUCGGAAAGGGCGUCGUUUUGGAUUUGUUCGGAUGGCUGAGGUUUUUGAUGCCAAGGAUAUGGAAAGAAAGUUGAAUCAGAUUUGGUUGGAUUCGUAUCGUUUGAAGGUAAAAUUGGCAGAAAACAUGAAAUCAGGGAAAGAAGGGAUGGCCAGAGGACGACAGCAAAAGCAGACAGAAGCGCAGUGGGUCAGACGAGAUAGAAAGGUGUCUCCCGAGAUUACAUAUGCACAGAUUGUGGCUGGGAAAACUAAGGCAUAUUAUGAAGGGGAGUCGCUGAACCAUGUAUUGGGGAAGAAAGUGGCUGGGUUAGAAACAAAGGGUGCAAUGUCGAAAGAUUUGGCAGUGAUACCAAUCUCAAUACCUGAUCAGGCUUCAACAUCAGUGAAUGAUGCUAAUACUUAUGCGCCGAAGGAGUUGGUUCUGCAGUUCUCUCCCAGGGAGGAUGAAGUUGCAUGGUUGAGGCAAAGUAGAGUGGCAUCGGUUCGGUCAUUGGAUAUGGUGAUAAAAAUUCAAAAUCGGCUGGAUGUGGAUGGUAUAUUGGUGAAUGUUUCUCUGCUAGGGGGAAGACAUGUUUUGUUAAUGGAUAAUUCGGAGGGUUGCUUAGAGGAGUUUAUUGCUAAAAACAGGGAGUUAAUGGAGUCUUGGUUUGAAUGGAUUCAGCCAACUUUGGUAUCUACUAUGCCAUCGAGAAAUAGGUUGGUGUGGCUUCGUUUUAAUGGUGUUCCUUUGCAAGCAUGGAGUGAGAGGUGUUUCUUGGAGUUAGCAGGUUUAAUUGGGGAAGUAAUACUUGUUGAUGAUGAUACAAAAUCUAAAUCAUUCUUGUGUGAGGGUCAGGUCUUGGUAUUGUGUGAUGACACCAUGAAAAUUUCACAGAAUAUCACUCUAAUGGUGGAUGGAGAGUCUUUUCUGAUCAAGGUAUUAGAGGAGGAGUGGCGUAUGGAUCCGGACUGGUGGCUGGCCGGUGAACGGAGGAGCUCCGGUAUGAGUUUAGACGUGUCCGACAGUGAGUCCGAUAACUCAGCUGACCGUUACAGUGAAGGUGAUGAUAUAGUUGUUAUGGCCGAAGAUUAUGCAGAAACGGAAGCAAAUUCAAAUCUGAGUUUAAAACAGAAUGUGGGGCUUGGGCCUGCUGGAGCGCAUCAGAAGGGAGCAGCUGGGUUGGUUAAAAAAUGUAAGAAAUUGGAGGACAUUCAUGCCGGGGAAGGGGUAGCGGAGGAACCGAGGGAGAAGGGGGUGCAGUGGGUGACGACAAGAACCAAAUGCAGGAAGGAAAGAAGGGAGACAGCAAGACAAUUGGAGGAGAUUCAUAAGUUAGUGAAGAAGGAGAAUCCUGAUUUCUUGUUUCUUCAAGAAACGAAAUUGGAGGAGAUUGAGGAGGCUUUGUGUCGGGCAUUGUGGAAUUCUGAUAAUUUUGAUUGGAUUAUGCAGAAAUCAAUGGGUAACUCGGGGGGAUUGUUGUGCAUUUGGAAUAAAAGCUGUUUUAUUAAACAUAGUGUGAUAGAGGGGAGCAGUUUCAUUGGGGUUUCCGGUGAAUGGGGUAAAGGGAGGAAAAUAUGUAAUGUAAUCAAUGUGUAUGCUCCUUGUGAUAGGCAGAGGAAGGUCUUGCUGUGGGAGGAGCUGGCUGGACGAGUUUUAGAAGAGGGUGGGUGUUGGCUGUUAGCGGGUGAUUUUAACGCUGUCCGGAAUGUAUCAGAACGAAGGGGUAAAAGGAGGGAGACGCAGGAUAUGCAAGAUUUUAAUCACUUUGUGGAAAGCACGGGGUUAAUUGAUGUUGGCUUGCGAAAUCGAAAGUUUACAUGGUAUAGACCGGAUGGAUCUUCCAUGAGCAGACUUGACAGAUUUUUUAUGUCUACAGAAAUGAGUCUAUUGGCCACUGAUUGGGUUCAAGAAGGUGUUGCAAGGUCAGUGUCUGAUCAUUGUGCAAUAAUUCUGAAGGCAAGGAACACAGAUUGGGGUCCAAAGCCUUUUCAGGUAAUGGAUGCAUGGCAACAACAUCCAGAUUUCAGAAGUUUUGUAGAUGAUAAGUGGAAAGAUUUGCAACUUGAAGGAUGGGCAGCUUAUAAAUGCAAGCAGAAGCUAAAGUUAAUGAAGGAUGAAUGUAAAAGGUGGAAUAAGGAAGUUUUUGGUAAUGUGGAGACUCGAUGGGAGAUAUUAUCAAAGGACAUUGAAGCGCUGGAUAUAAAAAGUGAAGAGAUUGAAUUAGAUGAGAAUGAGGUGUUACUCAGAAGGGGGUGUUUUCAGGAGAUGUGGGAAAUUUUGAGGAAAAAAGAGGCUAUGUGGAAGCAAAAGUCAAGAAUUAAUUGGAUUCGUCUUGGGGAUGCACAUACUGCUUUUUUCCAUAGGUGUGUUCAUGCACGGAGGGCACGAAAUGCAAUGUCAAGUAUUUUAGGAGAGGAUGGGUGGGUUGAGGAGCCAAGUAGGGUGAAAGAGGAGGCAGUGAGGUAUUUUAGUCAACUGUUUCAUAAUGAACAGUGGAAACGGCCAGUGUUGGGAGGAGUGCAUUUCAACAGAAUCUCAGUUGAACAAAGGAAGUGGUUGGAACGACCUUUUUCAGUAGAGGAGAUUGAAGAGGGACUACAGAGCUGUGAUGGGACGAAGAUGCCAGAUAUUAUUAGUGAUUCACAGUCAGCUUUCGUUGGUGGUCGGCAACUAGUAGAUAGUGUGCUGGUCUUAAAUGAGGUGGUAGAUGAGGUGAAACAGAGAAAACAAGAGAGUUUUAUCUUUAAGGCUGAUUUUGAGAAAGCUUAUGAUUGUGUGGAUUGGAACUUUCUUGAUUGGAUGAUGGGUCAAAUGGGGUUUGGAAUUCGAUGGAGAAACUGGAUUCAUGAAUGCCUUUCGACAACCCGUAUAUCUAUUUUAAUUAAUGGAAGUCCGACAAAGGAGUUCUCGGUUGGCAAGGGUCUUCGUCAAGGUGAUCCCUUGUCUCCAUUUUUGUUUUUGUUAGUAGGUGAGGGGUUGUGCGGUAUGGUUAGAAAAGCAGAGGCAGAAGGGAUUUUCAGAGGAGUCAAGAUUGGAGAGGGUGGUAUGGUUGUGUCCUUACUACAGUUCGCGGAUGAUACUGUUUUUAUGGGAAAGGCAAAGGCAGAAAAUUUAAGGACUGUGAAAGCUAUUCUACACUGGUUCGAAUUAAUUUCGGGUUUGAAGAUCAAUUUUUGCAAGAGUUAUUUGUAUGGGUUUAAUGUUACAGAUGGGUGGUUAAAGGGUGCAGCCGAUAUUUUGCAUUGUAAGAUAGGAACGUCGCCUUUUACUUACCUUGGUUUGCCGGUGGGAGGAAUUUCAGGGAGGAAAAAGUUAUGGGUUUCUGUGCUGGAUCGUUUUCGAAAUAAGCUUGCUACCUGGAAACGUUCACUGUUGUCCUUUGGAGGUCGAAUUACCUUGCUCAACUCGUUAAGAUUCAGAGAGAUUUCUCUUGGGGUGGAGCAAAUUUGGAGAGGAAAAUUGCAUGGGUUAGGUGAUGGUAUCGGGGGAUUAUGGAAGAGGGUGAUUUGGGAGAAGUAUUACAGGGGUCGAAAGGAAGUUGAUAUUACUUCUUUCAGCUCCUUGCAUAUGUCUCGAGUGUGGAAGGACAUUGUGGGUGUUGGUAGCCAGUCAGAGAGGUUGGGUUUAAUGUUAGGAAAAGGCUUUAAAUGGGAGAUUGGUGAUGGAAGUCGAGUGGCUUUUUGGGAUGAUAAGGCACAUAGGUAUGGGAUUGUAGAUGGCGAUGAACCUGUUCCGGGAGGGUUGGUGAGGAGGAAGAAAGCUCCUAAGGAUGAUCUUUUGGCUGAGAAAUGGGUGAGAAUCGUCUGGUGUAAGUUAGCUCCGUCUAAAGUGAGUGUUUUUGGGUGGCAGUUAUUUUUGGAUAGGUUGGCAACGAAGGAUAAUCUAUUUAAGAGAGGGAUUGCAUUGCUGGGGGGGAUGUGAUUUGUGGUUUAUGUGGGGAGGGAGUGGAUCAGGUGAAUCAUAUUUUUUGUGAGUGUAAAGGAGCAUGGUUAGUGUGGAUGAAGGUUUUGAGAUGGUGGGGAUUACAGGGUGUUUUGUUGAAAGACAUCUUUGGUUUGGCAGAGUUCGUGACGCAUGGUAUUAGUGGGGGUUAUUGGGCGGAUUUAGGGGUUUUUAUUUUUUUGAUUGUUGCUUGGUUUAUUUGGUUCCGGAGGAAUAUGCAGGCGUUUGGAACAAAGUUGCUAUCUGAGG